ACCUCCCGACACGUCGAAACUUCGAACACCGUCAAGAUGGUCAACGUUCCUAAGACACGAAGAACCUACUGCAAGGGCAAGGACUGCAGAAAGCACACACAGCACAAGGUCACUCAAUACAAGGCAGGAAAGGCAUCGCUGUUCGCGCAAGGAAAGCGUCGUUAUGAUCGAAAGCAAUCCGGUUAUGGUGGUCAAACGAAGCCAGUCUUCCACAAGAAGGCCAAGACUACGAAGAAGGUCGUGUUGAGAUUGGAAUGCACAGCUUGCAAAACGAAGGCACAACUGGCAUUGAAGCGAUGCAAGCAUUUCGAACUUGGUGGUGACAAGAAGACUAAGGGUGCUGCGUUGGUCUUUUAGAUGAUCUGCGACUCCUCUCUCCCUGGGCAUGGAUUGGGUGGAUUUUGCGUGGGCAACGUGGUUGAGAUGGAUGGGGCAAUUGAACGCUGUGAUGGAACGGCGAUUUGUACCUUAUUCUGCAUCACUGGAGGAGCAUAGCAAGAUUUGCUGAUACCAAUUCCACCCCCUACGAAGUGAUAUGGCCAAUUUUGCAUGUGUGAGCUCGCUCUCGAUCACAUCCGAAGACAGGAGACAUGGCGCUCGAAUAAGUCACAAUGGCGAUGUGAGCUUAGAGAGAAGGAGAAAGAGCUGGGGCAGAGAAUACCUAGCUAGCAUCAGCAAUUGGAAUCUCGCGCCAUAUGGCACCCCUUUCUGGC